UCAAAGUGUAUCCAUUGACCGUAGCACGCGAUUGGACGACUUAAUGUUAUGAAACUUCAUUGGAUAGACGGACACACGCCUUUUGUCAACCCGAAAGAGCACAACAGUCGACAAGGUGAUCCAUGUGUGACUGACUCAGUCAACAGAAAGCAUGCUGACUGCACAGAGGGCAUGUGCAGCGCUGGCUGCCCAGCGCCUAGUUAGGGCUUCUGUCUCCUCAGCACACACACACUGCUCUCUGAUCCACACCUCUAUACCUAGGCAGGACCAGGCUGAGCUGCAUCCUGAAUGGGCCAGUCUGGCUAAAAAACAGCUUAAAGGGAAGAACCCAGAAGAUCUGAUUUGGCGCACGCCGGAGGGAAUCAACAUCAAGCCUGUGUACACCAAAGCUGACUCAGCUGCCAGUGCUGAUGAACUGCCAGGAGUGUUUCCCUAUACUAGGGGGCCCUAUCCUACCAUGUACACCUACAGACCUUGGACUAUCAGGCAGUAUGCUGGCUUUAGCACUGUGGAGGAGAGCAACAAGUUCUAUAAAGACAAUAUAAAAGCUGGACAGCAGGGUCUUUCCGUGGCUUUUGACCUCCCAACACACCGUGGUUAUGACUCAGACAACCCCCGCGUCCACGGAGAUGUCGGCAUGGCUGGAGUCGCCAUAGACACUGUUGAGGACAUGAAGAUGCUUUUUGAUGGAAUCCCACUGGAGAAGAUGUCUGUCUCAAUGACAAUGAAUGGAGCAGUCAUCCCUGUAUUGGCUAUGUUUAUUGUCACUGGAGAGGAGCAGGGUGUGUCCAAAGCCAAACUAACAGGCACAAUUCAGAACGACAUUUUGAAGGAGUUUAUGGUACGCAACACCUAUAUUUUCCCCCCAGAACCUUCUAUGCACGCCAUUGCAGACAUCUUCGCUUACACCUCCAAGCACAUGCCCAAGUUCAACUCGAUAUCCAUCAGCGGAUACCAUCUUCAGGAGGCUGGAGCUGAUGCCAUCCUGGAAGUGGCCUAUACCAUCGCCAAUGGCCUUGAGUACUGCCGCACUGGUUUGAAAGCAGGCUUAACCAUCGAUGAGUUUGCCCCAAGGUACAAAAUACUAAAAUAUCUCUGAGUGUGGAGGCAACAG